AUGACGAGGGCAACAACCAAGGCCAAAUAUCCUUAUAAUCUUGGGUCAUAUGGGAAGGUCAUCACAACCAGUAGCCCUGAAGCGCAAAUAUGGUUUGACCGCGGUCUGGUGUGGGCAUAUUCCUUCAAUCAUAAAGAAUCAGUCAUCUGUUUCAAACAGGCACUGGUCCAUGAUCCAUUAUGUGUGAUGGCCUUUUGGGGCUUGGCCUAUUCUCUCGGUCCCAACUACAAUCAGCCGUGGGAUUUCCUCGGUAACGACUUGGCAGCGGUCGUGAAGAACACAUAUCAAGCUGCAAUCAAAGCGCGCUUCCUCGCGCCAAAUGCAUCCCCGGUGGAACAGGCCCUCGCCAAGGCAAUCUCCGCCCGCUAUCAAAGUGAUAAGCCCGCUAGCAUGGAGCAAUAUGCUAUUCAAAAUCUUGCAUAUGCCGAUGCAAUGAAAGAGGUAUACGAAAAUUUUACAGAUGAUUUGGAUGUGGCCACUCUGUACGCUGAUUCCUUGAUCAGCCUCACUCCUUGGAAAUUGUGGGAUAUGGUGACCGGUGAACCAAACCCAGGCACUCGGACCAUGGAAGCAAAGAGAGUGUUAGAGACAGCUCUCCAACAGAAAGAUUCCCACAAACACCCCGGUCUCUUGCAUAUCUACAUUCAUCUUAUUGAGAUGUCACCCUUCCCAGAAUUAGGUAUCCGACCGGCAGAUCACCUCCGUGAUCUCGUUCCAGAUGCAGGCCAUGUCAGCCAUAUGCCGUCCCAUCUGGACGUGCUGGUUGGAGACUAUCGAAAUGCCGUGCGCGCAAACCAGCGUGCCGCGAUUGCAGACGAGAAAUACUUGGCCCGGGAAGGCCCAUUUAAUUUCUACUCAGUCUAUCGCAUGCAUACCUACCACUCGCUCAUCUACGCAGCCAUGUUUGCGGGUCAGAAAAAGACCGCAUUCGAAGCCGUGGACCGCAUGGAGGCGACUUUGCCGAAAGAACUGCUCAUGGCCAUGUCAGACUACAUCGAAUUCUUCAUGUCUGUGCGCGCACAUGUCAUGGUGCGAUUCGGCAUGUGGGAGGAACUUAUCGAGAUUGCGAUCCCCUCAGAUCCAGAGCUGUACUGCAUGACGAUAGCGACGCUGCACUACGCCAAGGGCGUGGCAUAUGCAGCUACGGGGAACGUGCCGGAUGCAGAGCGCCAGCGAGAGCUCUACCGAGCAGCGUGGAAACGAGUUCCUGAUACGCGCUUGGACUGGCCCAACAAGUGCGUCGAGAUUCUGGAGGUGGCGUCGGAAAUGCUGGAUGGCGAGAUCGAAUACCGCCGUGGGAAUUACACCGAGGCUUUCCAGCAUCUACGUCGCUCGAUUGAAUUGGAUGAUGGGCUGGGUUACAGUGAGCCCUGGAGUUGGAUGCAGCCCACUCGCCAUGCAUAUGCUGCUCUCUUGCUAGAGCAGGGUCAUGUCGAGGAUGCAGCGGCUGUCUAUCAGGCGGACUUGGGUCUUGAUAGCACUCUUAUCCGUGCUCGGCAGCAUCCGAAUAAUGUAUGGGCUUUGCAGGGCUACCAUGAAUGUUUGGUACGUCUUGGUCGGCAUGAUGAGGCGCGCAUUAUUGCGCCGCAGUUGGCGAUAGCGGUUGCUGUGGCUGAUGUGCCCGUAACAUCUUCAUGUUUCUGUCGUAGGGAUACAUCGGAAACACCCAAUGUUGGCAAGAGUUGUUGCAAAUAA